UUAUGAAGGAAAAUAAGCUUUAUCUGCGAAUAACUCUGAAAGUUUUAGAAGAAAUGGAGUUAUGCAUCUGAACGGAAAGACUUCGUGGCUCAU